ACUGUGGCAUUCAUAAAAAGCGAGAGAAGAAAGAAACACGAAACGUUUCCAUCUGCAAUUCUGAUGCUUUCUUUCUCGCAGAGAACCCCGCCAUGGAUGAUAAUCCUUCUGUUCGGCGCCAUGAUUGCCAUAAUUAUCCUCGUCUUCAUCUCCGUUUGCUUCAUCACCAUCGAAGGCACUCGCCGCCGUCGCAGCAGCAGCUAAACCUAACUCCGACACACUUAUUCACUCACUAGUCACUCCAUUCAGUCAGCGCCGUUUCUUGGUACAUUCCCCCAAUUUCGUUAUUCAGAUCCCUCCAUCUGCCUUUUCUUUUCUGGUAUUGAAUUGAAUUCACCUGAAACAUACCAGUAAACCAUGUCAGGGGUUUUUAUCUUCUACUUAUAUAAGGAGUAGUGAAUACCAAAAAAAAAAAAAACCCCCAUCAGCCGCCCUGUGGUUUCUCUUCCCCGACUGUGCGCAGUUCGAGUGAGCAAAAACAAUGGGGCGGAGAUCGCCGCAUCUUGCAUUAAUCGUGGUGGCUAUGGUCGCUGCUGGGUUUUGCGCAGAUCUGUGUUUCGGUGAUGGACUCUGUACCUCACCGAUGCUUGAUCAUUCCGACGACCAUUACCACCAUAAUCAUCACCAUCACCACGACGACGGCGACCAAUGUGGCGGCCACCACCACCACCACCAUCAUCAUGACCAUGGCCAUGGUGAGUCAAUGGAGUAUAAGUUACCGGAGGAGCUGGCGGAGGAGGAUAUGAAACUCUAUGGCUUUGGGAAUUACCAUGCUCAUGAUGAACAUGAUCACCAUCACGAUUCGCAUUCCAAGCUUUCUGGCAUAGGUCUAUGGAUCAAUGCGUUGGGCUGUUCACUUUUGGUGAGCUUGGCUUCCCUUAUUUGCCUGAUCAUCUUGCCAAUCAUAUUUGUACAAGGAAAGCCAUCCAAGGGAGUUGUUGAUUCAUUGGCUUUAUUUGGGGCCGGAGCCAUGCUUGGUGAUGCUUUUCUUCACCAAUUGCCACAUGCCUUUGGUGGACAGCAACACUCGCACUCCCAUUCACACCACCAUGCUGACGAUUUGAGCCAUGAUCAUUCGGGGCACGAGCAUUUGCAUUUGCCUUCAAGUGGGCAUUCACAUUCUUUGGAGGAUCUUUCUGUUGGAUUAUCCAUUUUAGCGGGCAUUGUAGUCUUUCUUCUUGUUGAGAAGCUUGUGAGAUAUGUUGAAGAUAACUCUACUGGUGAUGUUUGGGGUCAUAGUCAUCACCACCACCAUAAGAGCAGUGAGAAACUGAAGGAUGGCAAUGAUGUUGAUGGAUCAUCUGAUGAAAUUUCAGAUAACAUGUCAAAUGGGGAUAAGUUGAGUCAAAAGGACUCCGUUGUUCAGAGGAGAAAAGGUAAGGCUGGUUCCAAGGGUGAGAAAUCAGAUAAAGCCACCUCGAACAAAUCUACUACGUCUACUAAACUCUCACAGGGAAAGGAACCUGCAAAGUCAUCUUCAAAUCUGGUGUUCGGAUAUCUGAAUCUCUUCUCUGAUGGUGUUCAUAAUUUUACUGAUGGAAUGGCCCUGGGUAACGCCUUUCUGCUUUAUGGAUCAGUGGGAGGAUGGUCUAGGACUCUCUUUUUGCUUGCACAUGAGCUCCCUCAAGAGGUGGGUGACUUUGGAAUCUUGGUAAGAUCAGGUUUUAGCGUAUCUAAAGCUCUUUUCUUCAACUUCCUAUCAGCAUUGCUCGCUCUCGUUGGAACUGCACUGGCUUUACUUUGGGGAAAAGAUCCCGGACAAUCUUCUUCGAUCGAGGGCUUCACGGCAGGAGGGUUCAUAUACAUUUCCGCGGCAGGAGUGCUCGCUGAAAUGAACAAUGGCAGAACCAGUUUGAAGAGCACGGUGGUUCACACAGUGUCCCUGGUACUGGGAAUGUCUGUCGCCCUUUGUAUUUCGCUUGUAGAAUGAAGAAAUAGCCUUGCCUGUUAGAUUGCCAGUUGUAGUCUCACUUUUUGUAGAUUGAGGAGCUUUCUUGCGUUUCUUUCCCGCCUUUGAGCUCUUCAGCUGGAGUGGACUGUUUUGCGACUUUCUAUAGCAUGCGCGGCUUGUUUUUACCCUCCCUUCUUUAGUACAAGCUCAAGGUGAUUGGCUAUACUAGUUCAGCUAAAUUCGUGUUUUGCAGAUAGUGCAACCGAACCCUCAAACGAGACGUGAUCAUUCCGCUG